UGGAGAAACAACAGGAGGUUCCAUUUUUCCCCGUCGUUCCACCACGUGGUGUGGGCUGAGACAGUAGGGGGCCCUUCCUCAGAAUGCGGGCCCCCUUUCAUCAUGCUCUGGGGGCCAUGCUGCUGGUGAUGAUCGUGUGGUGGGCACUUGUGAUGGGUGAUGGAGAGGAAGUAAUCAAGAGGGGCAUGCGGCUCAAGUCGGGGGUUUUUGCCCGAAGAGUGGGGAAAUUUGCCCGUGCCCUCAGGACCACCCUUCGGCGAAGAAAGCGAGACGAAAAUGAAAGUGUCAAAAGUGCAUUUGGAAGAGGGGUCGGUUUCUACAUCGGAGAACCUUGUGAAUCCACCUGCAAUAGCAUUUUGUUCCACGUGUACUGCAACAAAAGCAGUGGACGUUGCGAAUGCCAUGAUCAGUACCCAGUGAACAUUGAGAACAAGGUAUGUGUAAAAGCUGCCCACCUGGGUGACAAAUGCGAGUAUGACGAAGCCUGUGCCUUCACCGAUGAUCACACCGCUUGCGUGAGUGGCAAGUGCGACUGCGCGGACGGAUUCCGGGCUGCCCAGCACCUCAAGGGACAAUCCCUUUGUCUUCCCGGUAAGAGCCCUCUAGGACUAAACGGCAGCACGGUGACCUUCUUGGAGAACAAUUACUUGAUGACAACAGUGAGCGCAGUUGCAGGACUCGUCAUCUUCACAGCUCUCCUCUGCCUCGUGCUCAGGUUAUUCAGCAAAGCCCGCUUCAGCCGUCCCGCCGAUCGCAUGGCCAGCGCCGGUUCACCCCCGACCAUGAUGUCCGCCUUCACGGGUAGCCACGUGCUCGAUUCCAGAAGAGCCUCCCGAAGCAGUAUGAGUAGCACCGACUACAUGCCAGUUUCCAGAAGGGCCAGCUACAGCAUGCUCGCACCCCCAUCCAGUCUUGGUUCACGCAGAGCCAGCUCCACAUCCGUGCGAUCAGGGCUGUCUUAUCGCACUAAUUCAUCUUUCCGGGGCUACAGAUAUCGAGAGCCGGUGCGCAGAGCUCUCUCCUCCCCAGCAGAUUCUUCGCAGAACUUCCCACCACCGAGCCCUUGCAAGGUGCCGAACCACCAAUCGCACCAUCACCAUCAUCACUCGCAUCAUCCCAUUCAUCAUAACAGUCCCGUUGACGAAGACGACAUGCUAGAUGAUUCUCCAGUUCCAACUGUUAACGUAAAUCAUCUAAGCAAUCACAUCUAGCUUGUGAAUAGAGACAACUAAUUUAAUUAAACAAACUGGACCACAGCAUUAAAACAACAGUAUUUUUUAAUACAGUAGCUUUGCUCGGACAAGAUAAGACAUCACUACAAGAUCGUUCUAGCCCAUAGAGUAUAUCGACGCGGCUGUCAUAUGAUCCCGCCUUUCUUAUCACUCACAACCUAUCAUAUUAUCACUGGUAUCUGAUUCACAGAGUGCACAAUGCAGAAAGUGAGAAGAUGAUAAUAUUUACAAGCAUAUCUAUAUGAAGAGUUGCUUUAUAGUUACAUUAUAAAGAAAAUAUAACUACAAAGUGUCAAGGAUUUAGCUAUAGCAUUAGAUUGCAAUUAUUUUGUUCUAAAAGGAAUAAACGACCCGUCUCUGUGAUGGUUCUAAAACAUGAUGUUCUAUACGAAGGCACAGAAUGUUGAUAAGAUGAAUUAUUCCAAAAAAUAGAAUGAUUAAUUCAAAACUGUUCAAAAUUUUCGUCGCGGCUACGCCAUUAUAUAUAAUUUGCUACUAAUGUGAUUUGUGCAAAUUAUCUAUAUGACCUGCAGAUUAACUAGGUCUAUCCAUAUAAAUAUAGUUUUCAUUUCUCGCAUUACCUAGUUAAUCUGCAGAUUACCUACUGCACAAUCAUUGAAUCGAAAAUAAUAUAUUUCCUACGGAAACAGCAAUGCUUUUGUUCACCUUAUAUUUUUUCAAAUAAAGAGGAAAAUAAACUAGUUACUUACGUAUAUUGAUCAAAAUUGUAUAUAAAUUCUUACCGGAAGUUGCUGAAACAAAUUAAUAUUUUCUACUAACUAAUUUUCAUGUAAUAAAUAGCAAAUUGUAAGUAAAGACCUUAAGUAUGAUUAACACUUUCAGUCGAUGCAUCUAAUGAGAUCGUAGAAACAUAAGAUCAAGUCUACUUAUAAGCUAAGUCUACUAAGGUCAGAUCUAACUAUUAAUCUUAAAAUUUGCUGUCUAAUUGAGUUGGUUGGUUGAUUGAAGUUUAAUGGUGCAGGAGCCUUUUUUGGCUAAACUGCGCCAAUCAAAACUGCAAUCAAUGUAAUCCAGAUAAUGGUUCAGAACAGUGCAAAUAUAUACAUAUUUAAAAUUUUUCAAGUGCAAAAAACAGAAGACUGGCGUUUAGUCAAUUACCUCGUUUUUCUUUUUUCCCCUUUUCUACCCUUUUUAAUUCAUUUCACUUAAUUUUUUUUAAGCCCCAACAAGAAAGAAAUGUUUCCUUUGCUUCAUAUCGCAUGAAUUUUCUUUAUGAAUUUGUAGUAAAUUAUUUAUUAAAACAAAAUUAUUCUUAGAAGAUAAUAAAUAUAUCUUAAGGUGCUGGAGUUGGUAAAAUAUAUUCGCACAAUGGUUUUGUCGACAUCUUUUUUAUUAUUAUUAUUUUCAGAGGAAAUAUUCAAAGUUCUAUUACUUAUCCUAACUAACUAUCCUUCUAUUAUUAUCCUAACAACGGCAUUUACUAAAUUAUUCACAAGUAUUAUAUUGCUUCUCUUUUUUCCUUAUGUGUAUUUAUAUAAAUAAUUCCAUGUUUCGCACACAUUUGUGAAUUUUUUACCUUUUUUUCAAAUAAUUGACCGAUUCUUGAACUUUAUUAACAUAUAAAAAUAUUGAUAUUCAUUUCAGCUAAUUAAAAUAUACCUAUAUGAUUAAAAUUCUUCUAAAAUGCUAAACUAUGGCUCAAAUUUUUAUCUAUAGGGUGAUAAUUUAAACUUCCCUUAUAAACAGCAUCAUAUAACGCAAACGGGUAAAAGAAUUGCAACAAAAUUUAGUAGAUAGACUAUACACGAAAUGCGCUCACGAAAUUUUGAAAAGGAAGAAAGAAAAAAAAAGUUCCAAAAUGUGUACCAGAGGGCGUCUUUUCCGGUAAAACAGUAAUCUUACCACAAUUAAAAAACGGAAUACUGAAACAAUAUCAACAUUUAUUGGCUAGUUUCCGAUCACCUUGUCAUCGAACCAUGUUAAGUAAAUGUAACGAAAAAACAGUACGCUGUUUGAGAGAGAGAGAAAAGAAAACAGCUCAAUUAGCAGAAGCAAGAACAGAUUAGGACGAAAUUGCACAAGAGUAGAAGUUGUUGAUCGUGUCAAGUCGCUGGACAGUGUGUUCAACAGAAGAUCGUAGCUAAUCAGUUGUGAUGCUUCGCACAUGAAGCGUUAUGGAGGCAAGUCAUUCAACGUCGCAACAAGAUAUCGUCAUCAUUAUAGCCGGAAAAAACGACAUAAAAUAUGACAACGACUGCAAACGUUUCUUACCCUAACAUGUUUUGCAUACAGCAAAUUUCGACAUUUUUUUUCCUAGAACUGGCUGCUUUUCCCGGUUUUAAAUUUUCUUAUUCACAAUUCUUGUUCUGGAUUGUUAGUACUGUUUCUGCAUUUCGUUUUGGUCGUUAAUUAUGUUAAAAUUAAAGUUUUUCCGGAAAAUUCGCCUUCUGGUAGAAAUUUUGGAACUUUUUUUUUUCUUUCAAUAUUCUAUGUGUUGAGAUUUGCAGAAACAAACUGUUUCCCUUUCUCCUAAUAAAGCUUUUAAAAGUAAAAAUAAUCAGACAUCUAAAUUGAGAGCAAUUUAUUUUGACUCAGAUUUUUACAUGUUGCCACUUUCAAAAAGUGAAAGUACUACAAGAAAGUAAGACAAUGUUUCGUUCCUAGUUUUACCAGUGCAGUCUCUUUUAACACUAUGAGCGCAUUUCGUGUAUAAUUUAUACACCAAAUUUUGUUGCAACCCGCUCAUCCAUUUGCGUUGUAAAAUGCUGUUUAUAGGUUUGGUUUGGUUUUUUGGCACAAGGGACAUAGAUUUGGCCAUGCUGCGCCAGACUACGUAAAAUUCUUUCCAGUUAAAAUUUCAAAUUCCUUAUGCUGUUUAUAGAGGAAGUUUAAUUACAACCACCCUAUACUUUAAGGCACUUUUUUAUGUUUAUGUAAUUCUUUUGCAGCAAUGCUUGUGUCACUAGUCACUGAAGCAUGAAUAUUAUUUAUAGAAAGGAAAAUCAUUUGGCGUUAUUCUGCAAAAUUCCCACAGAAAAAAAAAAUGGUAAAUAAACUUCGAUAGGUAAUUAAACGAUUCGAUUGGUAAUUAAACUUCUGGCUACAGAAAGUUUUCAUGCUCUAAUUUUUAUAAUCCGAUUUUUUAGUUAAAACUAAGAAAAAUAAUUUGGAAUGAAAUCCACUGCUUUCAUUUCUUUUAGAAAAUAUAUAUAAUAUUUGAGAACAAAUGAUUCUAAAUAAUUCUAAAUUUGGAGCAACAAGCAUACAAAAAUCAA